CUCCAAGCCAAAAUAAAUAGUAUAUAAAGGACACCAUUACCUUCAUCCGUGGCUCAAUCAAUCCUUGGUUCAGAUCUAAGCCCUCAUCCAGGACAAGAAGAAAAAAUCAUGGAUCUCGUCGCCUUCGUGUCUCGCCUCUCUAUAUCUGCAAUCCUGAUCUCCUCCCUCUGCUGGUACUAUGCGGUUUCUCACGGCGUCGAUCCUGACGUUAAACACAUUCUAUGGUGUCACGGUAUCUCAACCCUCGUCCCUCUCUUCUGCUACCGAUGGCCAGCUCAUCAACGGCCAACCGCUGCCUGAUUCGUGGUAUCGUCUACAUCUCGACGACAGCGAAACAGUAUUCAACCUCACGUCUCGCGAGGCAAUGGCCUCCGAUGUGAGCAGCACCACGUCGUCGCUAGUAGCUCGAACCCCCAUGACGGUCUGCGAGAAGAUCUCCACGGUGGCGGCCUGCGCCACAGUCGGCAGCUACGCAUACGCCAUCUCGUCUGCCAUCGCGGGGCUCAUCUGGGCCCAGAGCCACGAGAAAAGCUGCGCCACGAGCAGCGGCACCAUUGACGGCUGGUCGUACGAGUACUACGCGACGGGCCGCAACUGUGAUACAACCGCCCAGCAGGAGACGAUCCACGGUGCUCUCUACCAUUACCUGACCACGGUGGAUAAGGAUAAUGUGUGCGGCACGCAGUGUCUGUCUCUGGACCAUGGCGGCAGCUAUGAAGGCUACCUGAAACUGGGCAAGGCGGCGAAUUUUGACUCCAGUGCGUACUGUGGUCCGCUGCUGUCUUUUGUCCACUGUGCCUCGGGUGGAGUCAAUAGCUUCUAAUAGGGGCGAAUUACCUAGUAUCGAGGACCGUAAGCGAAAGCGGUCGAUGCCAAAUUUCAGGGACAAUCUGUUUUUGAUGAUUCCUUUCGGCAGAUUUGUUGGGGAGGAG